UUAUAUUCGCUGACCCUACCUAGGUCACCCAUCAUCCUCGGAGGCGAGCAUGUGCCCGUGAGGCUCGCUGAGAAGGAUUCACAACCUAACCUAACCUAGGUUGAUCUUGAUUCACCAGCUCCGGUUUGGUGAGCCGCAACAGGAUUAGGUACUAGAAUAGACCGCGUCCUCCACCCCUACUGAGUCCUCAGGACUAGCUCGCGGGUCCUAGCCUAGAAGAACUACAACCAUCACCUUAUCCUCAAGAGGAUUCCCCUCCAUCAGUAGCUAUAGCAUCAUCAUGGCGUCACUACGUCGUGCCUUGCUAGCUUUCAAGCUGUUGCUUUUCUUUGAAUUUGCUGUGCCUCUCAGGGCGUCGAACAGCGAUGAAGAUGAGGAAGGCUCGUUACCGGACCCAGCAGAAGAUGAGGGUAAUUAGUUCCAGUACAAGCUUAAGAUAAAAAGGACGAGUUCUUAGGCACAUACCUCUUGCUAGGCACAUUCAUUCAUUCAUAUUUCUGCGGACGAUCAUACCAGUGCUUACCUUGUAUUUUAGUACUUCAGAGUAUGACCUUGGUAUCAAACGAGUUCUUUAUGAUGCAAACAGAUAGGUUACUUGUUCAGCAGUGACAAGUGGACUAAUACAUAGAAUAGUUCUCUCCCAAUCCAUAGCCAUACAUUGUUUUUCUUAUGUAAGUAGGUACUUACUCUUACAAAGUACUAGUAGUAGAUGUUAAACAUUCACGUUCAGAAGUUUCAGACUCUUCAUCAAACUUUUUUUUGAAAAUCAGGUAACGACGAUGGUGAGAGUGAUGAGGAUUCAGCAGAAGGGGCUCAAGGAGACAUGCCGCCUCAAGGAGGUGUCGACCCGAUGAUGCAAAAAAUGCAAUUACCUGUCUAUAUCUUAUGAAGCAUGUUGCAAUUGCGAUUGCCUGUUUAAGAAGUUGUACUUAGAUCCAAGAAGUAACAACACAAUUCAGUGUUACUUAAGGCUCAAAACAAUUCAUUUCUGCAAGUUUUUUCUUGCAGUUUCCUUCUUGGGAUUCUGAAAAAAUGCAGGCAAGAAAUGAAUCGUUUUGAGCUCUAAGUUACUACGUAUCAUGUUCAAGUUCAACAUGUCGUCAAUCCUACACCUGCUUAAAGAACUUCUGAGAAUGAAUCGACCUUGACGUUCGCCUUUACCUUCACACAAUAUUUCUAAGAUUCGACCCAACGAUGGGGGAAGACAUAAGGGAGCCUGACGCGGCACACAGAACAAAGGCGUGUCUCUACCUUGCCAGGAGUGCAGUUGGCGCAGGUCAGCAAGACAUAGGGGUAAAGCAAGCGAGCGAGACCUUACUUGCACAGGUAUAUUGUCCUUCUAUCAAUCUGUUUAUUUUUGUAUCGAAGCUAUCAAUCCUCUUCCUGAAUCAACCUUCACAAUCACCAUGGAAACUGAAAAAACAAAAUCUACAAUAAUUUACAUCCUAGAAGUACUUGUGUUCGUCAAAGAACAAGGCUCAUGAUGAUCCAGACUUCAAAAAACAGGAUAUAAGUCUGACCAACAAGAACAAGAAACUAUACUGCCAUCCUCAACAAACACAUGUAAGUUUAGCAACAAAUAACUAUAGGGCCAUCCGCAACAAAUGCAUGGGGAUAUUUUAGUCGUCUCUGCGUACGCACAAUGCUACAAAGACAUAUCGGAAACGGAUGUGGCUGAUCUGGUGCUACUUGAUUUUUUGUUUGUUCGAUCUUACGGCACUGGCAACGCGUAGGAUAUAAUCCCUUGAGUUUCUUGGACAGUGCUGCUCGUCUGGAGGUUUCAAGAUAAACACUGACCUGAGAAGUCAGUUUGGGAAUCCAGAUGUAUGUUUUUUCGACUACAUGCGUCACUAGUACAGAAGUAUUCCGAGUAUAACGACAACGAGUGUUUGAUUUCUUGAGUCAGCUAGAUGAGCCUCGUCUAAGAUUCAUCUCUCUACAACUCUCCUUAGAUUUCCAAACUCUUUCACCCAUUCAACAUCUCCUUCCCAUUACGCUCCGUUCCAAAUUCUCUUCCCAGGUAGUCGAAGAGACUGGGGAAUUGGACUUCGAAAAUCCAAAAUUUCGAGAGGUGGCUCAAGAAAUGAUAGGCGGCGGAACUUUGCUGACACCACAUGAUCCAAUGAUUAAGGCAAAAAAAUGUUGGAAAUUCAGUUUCAGAAUUUUCUGCUAUUAUAUAUAAUGCAUCAGAUUUUUCAGGUAAACAAGGUGAUAUUUAUUACACCACGUAUUAAUUAGAAGUACUUGAAUUUGAAAAUGAAAACAAUAGCGGAACACGAUAGAUGAACUAGGAGUACUAGUCAAUAGUCUACUAGUAUCAGGAUAAGCGAUGUUGACGUACCAGAAACAGAAUCACCUCAUGUGAUCCACAUCAUGAUGAAGUGUCAAGCUGAUGGCGCGCUCUAUAGAACAAUUAUUCACGAACGUAAGGCACCAUCUCCCACCUUACUUUCUUGGUCCAUUCAAUCAUGGACCGCCAAACGUAGCCUAUUGCUCUUUCAGGGAUACUCCGGUCUAGGUCUAUUUUUUCGUCCCCUUACGUAGGGAUAAUAGUCUCGAGGCCGUCUCAUGAUAGGGGAAGGGGCUAUAGUCUCGAGGCCGUCUCAUAUCUUGUCUUGCCAGUAGUCGAGAAUGGCUACUUAAGCCGCAUGAUGAUGAUGAUGAAGAAUUAUCGGUGAUAACAUGAUGAACGAGGUGAUUGAAAGUCCUCGUGGUUGAAAGUCUUGGUUGAUAAAUUCUUCUCUUUCAUGAUCGAGUCUACUUUUCUAAGAAUCCCAAAAUAUCAGUGCAGAGGUUUGCGCUGCUUCAAACAGCGAUCCGAGAGGAGCAGGCGAUGCUCCAGAAGUUCCAUGCAGCCAAGAUGGCGGCUAAGCAAAAGUUAAGGAAGAGACACAAGUAGUCAGAUUACUUAAUAAUAGCGCCGGCGCUUCGUUAGUUUUAGCAGUUAGCAGGAUACUUUAGGACACUUGUUGAUAGUGACCCUUUUCUCUUUUAUAUCUUCCGCUGGUCUGUCUUUUUUCUAGUUAGGUCGGCUCCACCACAAAUAAUAGCGUGGGAGGGCUGGUUUUGUUUAAGCAAAGUUAGGCUUAACAUGAUUAGUACCGCAGAUGGGAACCUUCAAGGAAGAAAGGAACAGACGCGUCAGGACCGUCCUUCCGGUGUGAGCUAGGAUUCUGACUGAGUAAUUUUCUCUUCUUCUCAGAAGUUAGACUACUAGACUUAUCUAUGACGUGGUAGGGCUUUGUCUAAAACCCUCGUUUUGCUACUGUUUGUUACUUAGAUUUACUCACUCGUCACGGAGGAUGAGGAUGAGACGCUACUUCUCUGCUACCUCUAAAGAAGCCGAAGAAGAAAAGGAAAAAUGCCGCAUCUUCUUCUACUGCGUCAUCUGGGAGCUUCCUCGAUGGAUGGACCGGCAUGUUGUACAUCGUGAUUGUGAUCGCUAUCCUGUGUGCUUAAGGCUUUGCUCCUGUCUCAAAAGUAGACAUUAAUGGAUACAAAAGAGGUGCCAUGAUGAAGAUAGCUGGCCAUGUCAUCAGUCAUCUGUCGAUAAAGAAGCUCCUUUAAACUCUACUGCUAACUGAGAUGACUUGGUUGUACUGUAUCCUGACUUGGUUGUACUAUAUCCUGACUCGGUUGUACUGUAUCCUGAGUCGGUUGUACUGUAUAGUCCCGCCACCUUUUGUACAGUGUACUUGUUGAACAAGCAAGAAGGACCGACAGGAGUGACAUGAUUUUUUAGAAAAUAACCUAAGUAAACUUCGUGAUCUUUUGACUCCACGAACUCGCUGACGAGGAUACUAUCCGAUAAACCUUUUCUUGUAUCUUCGAACUGUGGUUGAAAUGCUGUAGCUCGGACUUCUGUAUCUAGAACUUCAACUUUCUAGAACUUCUAACCCUCGGUAACCCUAUGGGCGAUCGCAAUGCUGAAUGGGUUCAAGGGGACCAAGAAGAGUGCACUUGGGCCUUCAACCAAACAGAAGCGCGAAAUGGCCAAGAAGGAAGCAGCGACGGCGAGACGAAAGAUGCCAACGAAUAAGUGACACUGAGAAAGAGAACAACAAUAGGAUUUUUAUUGUAGUGGUGGAUUACACUGAGUUUCUUGAUAUUCUAAGGUCUACAUGCCUAUUGUAGUGGCGGAACGUCGUCGAGAAGGAGAACAACAAUAGGAAUUGGAAUAGAUAUUAAAUGUUCACGUUGUUGUUCUACUCCUGUAGUUGUAGAUACUACCUAGGAAUAGUUGUAUGUAGUUAGAGGAACAAGAAGUAUCUACCAUGUAGACGUAGAGGAGGGGGAGUAUCUAUCGGGACGUAUCUAUCAUGUAGAAGUAGAAGAGGAUACUUUUCUAGUAGAGGUAGUAGUCUCUUCUGUAUUGUUUGAUUUGUAUUGAUGGAACUGGAGCACAAAAAAAUUGGAAUUUUUUGAGUUUGACUAGCAGCUCUACAUUACAAGGACAAGAUUUUGUUGGAAAUUGUUUUACUAUUUAAUAUUAGAUUCGUAAUGUUCAUGCUCAUCCUGACACGUCGAUUCUGACGCGUAGAAUCCGUAGCCUCAUCGUCAACUACGUCAUUUGAUAAAUCGAACAUUCUGGUGUCUUCUUGUCGUCAUGAUCACAGCGAUUAUUUAUCAGUCUCCAUGUACGUCGAUCUCAAAGUGUCAUAUCGUCAAUGACACAUCAACAAUUUCAGAUUUAAUGAUCCAUGACGUGAUGCUGCUGAAGAACAAGGUGAAUUCUGAAAGAAGUCCAUUAAUUGAGUCCUUUGAGAUGUAGGCAGUCUGUUAUUUUAUGCUAAGCAACACUCACAGUCAUGUCGAUGUCACACAGCAUAGAAUUUGUAACGAAAGGAAGAGGGUGCUGGUGCUGUGUGUGAGGUGGAAUAGGAAUUUUAAGGAGCACCAGUAGAAGAGGCAGCAAACUAACAUACUAUUCCUUCUGGGUCGUGGCUUCUUGAUUUCAGG